AUGGUGACAAGGGAUCUGACUCGUGUUGGAUUGGAGAAUGCCGACGCCUGUUUGGUUCUUGCCAACAAAUAUUCCAACGAUCCAGACGCCGAAGAUGCCACCAACAUCAUGCGUGUCAUAUCCAUCAAAAAUAGCUGUGCUAACAUCAAGUGGUACAUUGCCUUCCUUUCCUUUUAUGACAAAAAGUCCCGGUCCGACCCGAACGGCGGUUGUGAUCGAUGUAAACGUGAAUCUAUGACAACCGAGGUGAUAGUUCAGUUGAUGCAGUACCACAACAAGACCUACCUCUUGAACAUUCCAAACUGGGAUUGGCGCCGUGGUGAUGAUGCCAUCUGUGUGGCGGAGUUAAAAUUGGGCUUCCUGGCGCAGAAUUGUCUAGCCCCGGGAUUUUCCACCCUCCUUGCCAAUCUCUUCACAAUGCGCACAUAUCGCAAAUCGGAGAGUCAAGGCGUGAAUUGGCUCAACGACUACAUGGAGGGCGCAGGAAUGGAAAUGUACACCGAACAGUUUUCUCCGUCCUUUGAAAAAAUGACUUUUGCUGCUGCCGCUGAACUCUGUUUCAGUAGACUGCGGCUUCUGCUGAUUGCUGUGCAAUGCAAAGGCAGUUUAGAGACCCACAUUGUCAUCAAUCCCAAUAGUUCAACCAAAAUAACCGCCAAUACUCAAGGCUUUUUCAUCGCUCAGUCGGCGGAAGAGGCUAAACGGGCAGCACUUUACUGUAAACGCUGUCACUCCAACGUGGAAAUGCACCAAGUGAAGUUGUGCCCCUGUGUGAAGUCGAGUCAAAUGAAUCGUGCUAAGUCAAUUUUCAGUCGUCUGCUGGAUUCCAGGAGUGUAAUUGAGCCCACCUUACCCGUGGCUGUUGGAACUGCCACGAACUGUCUCUCACCGCUCAUUGUCAGCACGUCUGCAUCAUCCAGUCACUUGGAUCUUGCCUGGCUGGCCAGAGGAGGCGGUACUGGUAUUAGCAACCACCUGAGUUGGCACGGAGGCACUUUCCAGCACCUUGGCGGUGCUAGCGUCGAUGGCCACAAGCCACCAGGGGAUCAGAGUGCAAAUACAUCUUGUCAAUUCGAUGCCACAGGAAUGUUUCACUGGUGUCCAGAGAGGAACAUCAAAACCUGCCUUCUAGACGAUGAGCAACCGGCAACGACGAAGAACUUUACCGAUCACAUAGUUGUCUGCAUCUUUGCCGACUAUCGUAGUCCUAUUAUAGGACUGAGGAGUUUUAUAAUGCCUCUUCGGGCCAGUAACCUUCACCUUCACGACUUAAAAACGGUCGUUCUGGUGGGAAACUUGGACUACAUCAAAAGAGAGUGGAAAACAUUGGCAAAUUUUCCUGGAAUAUGGGUUCUUCCGGGAUCUCCUUUAAGUAAAGCAAAUCUGCGAUCAGUAAACGUGAAUCUAGCCUCCAUGUGUGUCAUCCUUUCUUCAAAAAGUGAUAACACAAUUGAAGAUCUCACGUUGGCUGACAAGGAGGCAAUCCUAUGCUCACUUAAUGUAAAGGCAAUGGAUUUUUCAGAUGUGGAUACCACCUACACGGAAUCCUCCUGUACGACAAUAAAGCAUAUGACGCUUCGACGAGACGAUAACGUCAGCUCCUUCAAACGGCCAUCACGGAAUAGAGUGCAAAACUUGAUUUUGAACAAGAGCCACCAUCAGAGUGGGUCAACGCAUUCCGUUGAUCCGGACACUCCAGCUGUCUUCUACCGACCGCCACGAUUCAUCUCACGCAACGGUGCCACAAUCCCCAUGGCAACGGAACUCGCUUUUGACAUGAAUGUUCAGUUCCUUGAUCAAGAAGACGACGAUGAAGGAGGGGAAUUAUUCAUGACUCAACCCUUCGCCUGUGGAACAGCUUUCACUAUCAGUGUCCUGGAUUCUCUUAUGAGCACGGCCUACUUCAACGAAUCAGCACUGACGCUUAUUCGAUCGUUGGUGACAGGUGGAUCUACACCUCUGUUGGAGAAGAUUCUUGCUGAAGGUGCAGGAAUGCGUGGUGGAAGUGCAGCGUCAACAAGUAGGGCGUGUAGGGAACGAUGUCGACUGGCACAGCUUACGUUGACUGGGAAUACUUUAGGGAAAUUCGCGGUUCAAGGAACACCCUUUGAAAAGCUGUUCCUUGCCGCACUGAGAGAAUAUGGCAUCCUGAUUAUUGGCAUCUACCGGCUUCUGCGGUGGUGUGACCUGGGUGACGGCAGUCCGGUCUGUCAUCGACGCUUCGUGAUUACCAAUCCACCGCCCACUCUACCGCUACAUCCCACAGACUGGAUAUUCUGCCUCGUACCGCACCAGCAUAUUUUAGAGCCAAGUCAGGUGCACAGAGUGUGA